GCCUUCAACCUGGACGCUGCUCUCUCGGUGCCAUUGCGGGCUCUGCGAGUUCACGUUCUCUCUAUCCUCGAGUUUCUUUUUCUUUACACUAAUCAUUGCUUCGUUUCAAAAUAUUUUCCGAAGGAAUAUUGUUUGCCAUUAUACUUGAUGGAGUACUCACUGUAACCUGAUCUUGCCAUUGCCUAUUUGAGUCCCGGUCUUCAAAAUUUCUGGUUGAAAAUACUGAGAUGAGGUUGGCUUGAAUUUGAAUGAAAUGCACUCUCAUGCUUCGUCUUCUACCAUCUGUCUCACGUCGUUUUCUGCUUUUUUCGACCGCAAAGCCUUCGCAAGUAUUCAUUUCUACCACCUGUUCGACCCAAUGUCCAGCCCAAGGUAAAGACGCAGCUAAAAGCACUGCAGAUCAGUCAACGGAUGCCGUUCAGGUUUUCAGGGAAUGGGGUUGUAAUGAUGAUGAUGUGGCGAAAAUUUUGGGACGUAACCCACAUUUGAGCAAUUCCGACGCUGCGUUGCUUCAGUCGAAGCUCGCUUUGCUAAGUCGCUGCGGGCUAAACGCACCUGACCUGGUGAGGAUAAUCAAUUGUAGACCUAGGUUUCUUAGCAGUCGGGUCAAUCGUUAUUUCAACGAAAGGCUUGCAUAUCUUAAUUCCUUGUUUGAGUCCAAGGCAUUGCUUAAGAGAGCCCUUGUGACCAACCCUUCACUCUUAAUCUAUGACUUUGACAAAACCAUUAAACCUGUUCUUGCACAGUAUGAAGAGUUGGGUGUAAGCAAAGAGGACUUUCUUUUCAUGACCUGUUCCCGGCCCACACUUAUUUCAAGGACUUCUUUUGAUGAGGAGAAGCUGGAAUAUAUACGCAAGACUGGGCUUUCCAAGGAUUCAAAGAGGUAUAAAUAUGUUGUAUCAAUUAUUGGUAUCUCUCGUCUGGAAACAAUUCGCGAGAAGAUAGCAAAUUUUGCCAAAUUUGGUUUCUCUGAUGAAGAGAUAUUUGAGUUAAUUGGGCGGUCUCCUUUUGUCUUGACACUGUCAAUUGAAAAGGUUCAGAGGAAUAUGACGUUCGUAUUGGGCACAAUCAAUUUAGAAGCGAAAAUAGUUCUUCGUAAUCCACAUCUCUUGUUUUGCAACCUAGAUACCAGGAUGAAACCACGGGCUCUCCUGAUGAGGAAAAUUGAAGACAUGGAUUCAAAGUCAAAAUGUCCACAAACUUCUAUGGCUACCGUUCUCAGGAUGAGAGAAAAAAGGUUCAUAAGGGCAUUCAUUGAAUGCCACAGUAAGGAAGUGGCCGAUGAGUUAUUGGAGUUCUAUAUGAAGGCAAAAGAAGUGAAGAGAUUAGCAGAUUCGUCAAGGAAGUGUGUGCGUGUAGGAUUUCCAUUUUGAGUCCCACCCAUAUGUUUGCUCAUAAUUUGCAGCUUGAAUUUAGAUCAUGACACAUGUCUUAAAUUCGUUGUAGUUGUUGGGGGAAUUAAUGAUUUUGCGACUUUUUCUUUCUGAUGCUUGAUAGUUCAUGCUGGAUUCUGUCCCUCCCGCUCUGUCUUCUAGUGAAUUUUGCUCUCUGGUGCGUUUAUUCUUCAGUUUUGCGGCUAAUAACUUGUCUAGAAGAACUGGUAAUGGUUGAUUUGGGUUUCAAGAUUGAAAUCAUAAUGGAACAAGUGUAAUAGGUAGGUGGGGUCUGAGGAGGGACAAAUGUACUAAGGAGAGACAAAUGUACGCAGUUUCACUCUCACAAGCAGAGAGAAUGUUUCCUUGAGCUUAUCAGAUAUCAGUGCCAACUAUUUUGGUCAAACGUUGCCUUGUAAGGCUAAGCAAUAGGCAACCGCAUGUCAUUCCCAUGCAUAGUGAUAUCCAUGGAAUACUCUGAUGAAGUUUGUGAAAUCUAAUUGUUCUUAUUAGUCCCCUCGCCAAUCUCAUUCUUUCUCAUUUUGUAAAUUUUUUUAACUUCUGACAAGGAUCUUUUCCUCCUGUAUAGGCCUUGCGCCUUACUUGGGAUUUAUUUAUGAUAUUAUACUGUGAAUUUUAAAUCAAGCUGUUAGUAUAGCCUGUAUA